CCUGGAGUUUGCAGCUAAAGAAAGAGUCCGACAGGCCGGAGUUUGGGAAGAAAGGGUUAGUUGUAGGCUUUCCCUGGCUGGAUCGCUUUUCUGCUUGCAAACCAGCCCCCGCCCCCUCCAAAAAACACACCCUGAAAUCAAACCCCCUGCACCCCCCAAAAAACAAAACAAACAAACAAACAACAGUAACUGCAAAGCAUGGGGCCUGAGGAAUCUGCUGCCAGCUGCACCCGGGUUAACCACUCCUGACCUGACCCAGAGGAAGGCUUGGUCCAAAGUGAAUUUGCACAUGGUUAUGAGCUUUAGGGUAUCAGAACUGCAGGUUCUCUUGGGUUUUGCUGGCAGGAACAAGAGUGGAAGGAAGCACGAGUUGCUCACAAAGGCAUUACAGCUGCUCAAAUCUGGCUGCAGCCCAGCUGUUCAGAUGAAAAUUAAGGAGCUGUACCGACGAAGGUUCCCAAGGAAGAUCUUAACCCCUUCAGACUUAUCCAUGCUCCAUAUUCAGACAGGGCAACUGCCCUCUGCCACUGCACUGACGCAGGGCAGCACAGUGUGUCACUUGCCCUAUAAUAACAGUUCUGCAGCUUCUACAGUGCCAACGGCUGUGUUGCCUCCGGUGCCUAUGCUGGGACCCAAACAUGAGACAGAUGUUCAGCACUUAUCCCCACCCAUUCAUCCGGUCCAUCCAGACGUCAAAAUGAAGAGGCUGCCCUUCUACGACGUUUAUGAUGAGCUGAUUAAACCCACCACAUUAGCAUCUACAAACAGCCAGCGGUUUGAAGAGGCGCACUUCACCUUUGCCCUAACACCUCAGCAAGUUCAACAGAUUCUCACCUCUAGAGAUAUCUUACCAGGUGCCAAAUGUGACUACACUGUACAGGUACAAUUAAGGUUUUGCUUGUGUGAAACCAGCUGUCCCCAAGAAGAUUAUUUCCCUCCUAAUUUAUUUGUCAAGGUCAAUGGAAAACUCUGCCCUCUGCCUGGCUAUCUGCCGCCCACUAAAAAUGGUGUGGAGCCAAAACGACCGAGCCGUCCCAUCAACAUCACUCCUCUGGUGCGGCUUUCGGCAACUGUUCCCAAUACAAUCAUUGUGAACUGGUCCUCCGAGUUCGGCAGAAACUACUCUCUGUCUGUUUACCUGGUGAAACAGCUGACUUCAGUCACACUGCUACAGAAGCUGAGAGCCAAGGGCAUUCGGAACCCAGACCACUCCCGGGCCCUGAUCAAAGAAAAAUUAACAGCUGAUCCCGACAGCGAGAUAGCGACAACGAGCUUACGGGUUUCUCUCAUGUGUCCGCUUGGUAAGAUGAGGCUAAUAGUGCCCUGCCGAGCCAUUACCUGCACCCACCUCCAGUGCUUUGAUGCUGCGCUCUACCUUCAGAUGAAUGAGAAGAAACCUACAUGGACCUGCCCUGUAUGUGAUAAGAAAGCCCCCUAUGACAGCCUGAUCAUUGAUGGGUUGUUCAUGGAAAUCCUCAACUCGUGCACGGACUGCGAUGAGAUCCAGUUCAUGGAGGAUGGCUCCUGGUGUCCCAUGAAGCCCAAGAAAGAAAACCAGGAGGUGUGCCCGACGUCUACGUACAAUGGGAUUGAGGCCAGCUCCCUUUACGCCUUGGGCUCGGAUGGAAAGCAUUCCUUGGAGAGCAAAAAGAAAGUGGAGGUCAUCGACCUCACGCUGGACAGCUCAUCAGAUGAGGAGGAGCCUCCUAUCAAGAAACAGUGCCCUGUCUCCACUGUGGCUAUCCCAUCGGCUGUAGGGCCCAAGGGGGUGUUAAAUGUUGAUCACCAGCCAUCCUCUGUGCUUCGAAGUCCUCCCAUGGCAGCUAUCGGCAGCGACUAUCUCUCCAGCCUCCCAAUCCCUGAAUACCAUCCUUCCUACCAGGUGCCAUCAGAGAUUCAAGGUCUGGAUUUGUUUACCUUCCUUCAAAGUGAAAAUCAGCACUACAGCCCUUCCGUGAUCACCUCCCUGGAUGAACAGGACGCCCUGAGCCAUUUCUUCCAGUACCGAGGCACGUCUACCCAUUUCAUGAACCCCCUGGCUCCCGUCAUGGCAGGAUCCCACAACAGCAUCAGCCCCACCAGCGGCCGCAUCAGCAGCAUUGUCUCCACGACCGCCCUGCGGGAGAGCCAUGGGCAUAACGGGACAGCUCUCCCGGGCUGCAGGCCGGACAUCAUUUCCUUAGACUAACCCCAGGCCCAGGGCACGCUGGCAUCUCGGUUUCCCCCAGGAUAGGAGAGAAGCAGAUUUUCAGCAGCUGCUGUUGAGUUGGACUUUUGUCUGGGAUGGAAAGGACCCAACCAACACCAGGUCUCCUAAGUGUCUCUCUCGGUCAGGGCAACUCCCCUGUUAAGCCCAACCUUGGAGCCUCGCAGGAGGGCUUUCAGUUCUGCACGCGUCCACCUGAGCAUACUGGUACCAUUUGCUGGGGGGUGCCAGUGGUCGGGGUAAAUGCUAACCUCUGUUUUUCAAGACCAUUUUAAAAUUGUGUGUGUUCACUUUAUUUUUUGGUAGGAUUCUGCACAAAGAUCCUACAGUGAUAAUCCCUGGCUUGGUGCUGUCCUGCUAGAACAGCACCAUCUAGUGGCCAAAGCAGAACUUAGCCGCCAUUCCCUCCCCUGCCCCCGGGGAUGUCACCUUCUGCAUCUCUUUGCAGCACACCCUUGCUGACUCCCUGGAGCAGGGUGAGAAGAGAAAUUUGUCUGGGUCCAGCAACCCUCUAGGCAUAGAUGGAAGGUGGGUGGGUGUCUUUCAGGGAGCUGCCCGCUGCUUUUAUGCACCAACACAAGCACUUUGGCAGUAGGGAUUGAGCUGGAUCUGGGCUCCUAUGGCAUUCUUCACUCUUGAUCCUCUUCUUUGCUCCCCUCCUUCCCUGGGGAGUCUGCCCUCCCAACCCUGGGUUAGAGCAAAGAGCUGGUGACUCAGAAAGGGGCUAGCAAACUUCGACUUCCAGCUACCAUGCUGUGCUGAGAACCUCUGCUGUCCCAGGGUUUAAAUAACAAAUGGGCAGGAAAACAGAUGCUGUAACUGAGCCCUGAUUGCAAACCCUAUCCAGCAAAUAUGGACAUUCCCCAGCAGAGACCUAGCCACUGAGGGGAGGGUGAAUUUGCAGCCUGCAGCACUUAAGUAUUCUCAUGAAGCAGGUGAGCAGUUGGGGCUCCCUCCUGCCUUGGCCUCGAUUGUAUGAUCCAAAGCAACACGGUUGGGCCCCAAACUGAGUUGUUGAGCGAAUCCAUUCUUCAAAGCCCGGUGCAAACCUCUAGUGCUUGCAACUGAACAUGCUAGUGGGUGAGAACCAGAAGGAGAAACUGAUCAAUCCGUUUUCAAGAAGAAAAAAAGAGGGAUUUUUUUUAAAGGUGUGUUUUUUGUUUUUUUUUAAUUGAACACCCUGUGGCAUUACAAGAGUGGAGGAAAGGAAACAUUAACUUUUUAAUUAUGAAUUCACCACUGUGGUCCCUUUAAAAUCAGCCAUUUUCCUGGCUGCUGUUUUAGUUUUGUCUUCAUUACGAUUUGCACCCCCCCCCUUUUUUUUUUUUUUUUUGGUAAGAAUCAAGACAAAAGGAGGCCAUUUGAAUUGAUGUCCCAUCAGUGGCAUUUACAUGUGGGUUGAUGCAGUUCUUUAUUGGGAUGCUAGAGGCGGCAAGAAGGGGAGGGAUUCUUGCUUGCAAAUCCUCCUGCAGCUAGGACAGUAUCGAGUGGAGGCAUAGUAGGGUGACUGUCAGGGCUUUUGUCUCCCAUCUGUCCCCUCGCGGGGGCACUGGGCAGAUUGGCCCAGUCUCUCUCAUUUGUAAUUAGGAUGUUUUUUUUUUAAACUGUAGAUUUCUUUUCCUCCUCCUAAGUAUUUCCAAUACAGAUCUGUACAGAGAACAAAGCUAUAUCUAUAUUUUUUAGUUGCAGCUUUUGUACAUUCCAAACUCCAAAGACCUCCCUGCGUCUGCAUCUCCUGAGGACAAAAUGAAGGUUGUGUUGUCCCCACUGCAGCGCCUUCACGGGGACAGCGCAUUGCCUGUUGCACGUUUUAUUUAUGUAUUUCAAUGGAUACCUGAGUCUGUAACCUUUACAUCAUCACAGCCACUGCUUCAAGUAUCCUGCGUAACCAGGGUCUCGCCAAACUACCCCAAGCACCUACUGCCAAGUUAAUUUUUUUUUAUUACAGUAGCAAGGUUGGCACAUGAGUUCGAUGCACCAAGGCAUGGUCAAAAUGGCAUUCAGAAAGGUACAAUAUGUAGCAUUUUUUUUGCACCGUUUUUUCCCCCACAAGUGUCUCCAUCAAGAACUUUAAAACAAACCAGUUUCCCUGUGGCUCUGGAGAAGAGUGGUCCGGGGUCAGGAGUCAAGUAGCUGUGCCCAGAAUCCUGCUGUGACUUUAAUGGCUCUUGUAUCAGUUGUAGUGAAUUUCUGAAUGCAAUAAAAGUUGUAAAUCCUACUGAGGAAUAGUUGAGGUGCAGCUUUACCUUGCAGUCUUAGUUGCUCUAAUCAUUUUUCCUCUGUUCUGGAGAGGGACUAAGUCCAGCUGACGCUGUUCCAGCUCUUCAUUUAAAGAGCGGUCGGCUGGAAAAUGAUGAACCAACUCCUAGUCUCCUGCAAAAUACCAGCACUCAGAACUAGCUUGCUUGGUUCUUUUCACCUGGAAAUCUCCAAAUGACAGACUUAACUGUCUGUGAAAUGAGGAGAAUUAUCCUUCCCCACUCAUGUGAACUGCUUUGAAAUCCUUGGUGGUGAAGUGCUAGAUAGAGGAUUUGCUUUUUGGAAAAAUGGUGCUUUGAGAGAUUACUGAACUUUUGUAAACCUCUUUCUCUCCGCUCAUCUUCCCAGCACCAAACUGAAAAGGGACUUAGGACCAGAACAAAUGUACUGUGUACAUUUUCAGUGGGAACAUAAUUGUUUGUGGGGUUUUAAAGUUCUGCUGUUGGAGGGGAGGGGGAACAGACAGACCAGCUCCCAGUAAAGGCAGAUUUCUAUACGUAUUUUUAAACCUACCCAUCUGUCCUUUGUACUGUCUCCUACCAAGAUCCUCCAGGGCCAGUCACAGGCUGGUCAACUCACGUGGCAAUACAGUGGCUCCACUGUACCCUUUGAGAGGCAGGUACUUUCAGUGUUAUGUACAGGUGGUGGUUGAGGUAGCUAGAAGAUGAGACAGACAUUAAGGUAUUAAACCUUUGCAGGGAGCGCUGGCUGUUUUCAAGUUUUGUACAUACAAGUUGUUUGUGUAGAGGGUUUGUGUGGGGGUGGGGGGGAUAAAGGAGUGUCUAGGGUUUUGAUACUGUCUGAAGUCCCUUAGUGUUUUAUAAGCUCUCGCGCGCCGUGAACAUUAUCUAGACACCUUUAAAAAGCAGCUAGCCACUUUCUCUGGUUUAUUUAUUCUGUCCGUUUGAUAUCCAGCUGUUUUAUUAUUUGCAACACUUCUGUAUAUGCAAACUACCUUUUAGAUAAUAAAGUUCAAAACACCC